CGGAAAUAACAAUUCUCCAGCAAGUUGUAUCAGAGUCUGUAACGAGGUCCCCGGGGAUCCAAGGCCGGUGUGAAUUUCCAAGUCCAGCUGGCCGGCCUGAGAGGUGGAGAGAGGCCGAGGGCAGCCUGCACGGUAGCUGGGUAUACGGGACACACCUGGCCUCCACCACGACUCCGGACAGCAGACCGCCUCCAGGAGCAGGAACGGGAGGCCUGUUUGCACCCGGCUUCACAUUUGUUCCCUUAUCUCUCCUGCUGUAGCCGCUAGGCAAAGAAACCUGUGUCUUCGUGGGCUGCGGGAGGCUGGGAAUGGGUUCUGCAACCCAGAACCUGUGAGACUAGUUCAGUCUGUGCCGGGAGCAACGCGGACCAGCAGCAGGAACCACCGAGGACUCGCUCUGCUAAGCCGAAGACUGCUACACCCCCGCCGCGGCCCCACCUGCGAGGGGCGGGCCUUGUAGCGCGGAGCCAAUCAGCACCUGCCGGGGCUCACCUGGCCUCCUCCUCCCGGCUCCCGCGCAUCGCUGUGCUCAAAGGGGCGCGCGGAGCUCAGCUUUGCGCAGGCCUUCCUUAGCAGCAGCUCUUUCACUUCGCUGUCCAGCCAUGGGUUUCCUCCGUGCGCCCCUCGCGUCCUUCCUCCUCUUCCUCCACCAGGCACAGGUUUGCUGGCUGCUGUGCGCCGCCUCUCAGCCUUGCGGGGCGGGCUUCGGGGAGACUGGAGUGACCUUGGAGACGAGAGCCGGAGAGGUGCAGCCCGGCCCAGCGCAGGAGGAAGUAGCUUUCACCAGCCGCUCUGGGCAAGAGUUGGCCUCGCUUGGGACUGAUAACCACGACUUCAGCGUAUUGAGCGGGGAACCCGUCCAGGAAAACAAAGCUCUGAAGACCUCCUCAUCCAAACAUCUCUUGCGAAGACGCAAGAGAGAAUGGGUGGUCCCACCAAUAUCUGUCCCUGAGAAUGGCAAGGGUCCCUACCCCCAGAGACUACAUCAGCUCAAAUCUGAUAAAGACCAAGGCACCAAGAUUUUCUACAGCAUCACAGGGCCUGGGGCAGAUAGCCCGCCAGAGGGCAUCUUUGACAUUGACAAGGAGACAGGGUGGUUGAUGUUGAAUAAGCCAUUGGACCGGGAGAAGAUUGCCAAGUAUGAGCUUUUUGCCCACGCUGUGUCAGAGAAUGGUGCCUCUGUGGAGCAGCCCAGGAAUAUCUCCAUCGUCGUGACAGACCAGAAUGACCACAGACCCAAGUUCACUCAGGAGGUCUUCCAUGGGGGUGUCUUGGAGGGAGCCCGGCCUGGUACUUCAGUGAUGCAGGUGACAGCCACUGAUGAGGACGAUGCCAUCAACACCGACAACGGGGUGGUUGCUUACUCCAUCCACAGCCAAGAACCAAAGGACCCACAUGACCUCAUGUUCACCAUCCACCGGAGCACGGGCAGCAUCAAUGUCAUCUCCAGCGGCCUGGACCGGGAGAAAGUCCCCAAUUACACACUGACCGUCCUGGCCACAGACAUGGAUGGGAAUGGCUCCACUACCACAGCAGUGGCGAUAGUGGAAAUCCUUGAUGCUAAUGACAAUCCUCCUGUGUUUGACCCCCAGAAGUAUGAGGCCCAGGUACCUGAGAAUGCAGUGGGCUUUGAGGUACAGAGGCUGAUAGUGACGGACAUGGAUGCCCCAAACUCUCCAGCAUGGCGUGCCACCUACCACAUUGUGGGAGGUGACAACGGGGACCACUUUACCAUCACUACCCAUCCUGAGAGCAACCAGGGCAUCCUGACAACCAGGAAGGGCUUGGAUUUUGAGGCCCAAAACCAGCAUACACUAUUUGUAGAAGUGAAGAAUGAGGCUCCUUUUGUGGUGAAGCUCCCGAUCUCUACAGCCACUGUCGUGGUCCAUGUGGAGGAUGUGAAUGAGGCCCCUGUGUUUGUCCCGCCCUCCAAAGUCAUCGAGGUCCAGGAGGGUAUCUCCACUGGGGAAGUUGUCUGUGUCUACACUGCACAGGACCCUGAUGAGCAGGAUCAGAAAAUCAGCUACCACAUCCUGAGAGACCCAGCUGGGUGGCUAGCAAUGGACCCAGACAGUGGGCAGGUCACUGCUGCAGGCCUCCUAGACCGAGAGGACGAGCGGUUUGUGAGGAACAACAUCUAUGAAGUCACGGUCUUGGCCACUGAUGAUGGGAGCCCUUCCGCCACAGGCACGGGGACCCUCCUGCUAACACUCACCGACAUCAAUGACCAUGGCCCAGUUCCUGAGCCCCAGCAUAUCACCAUCUGCAACGAAAAUCCGGUGCCCCAAGUGCUGAACAUAACAGACAAGGACCUGUCCCCCAACUCCUACCCUUUCCAGGCCCGACUCAUUCUCGACUCAGACAUCUCCUGGGUGGCAGAAGUCAGUGAAAAAGGAGAUGCAGUGGCCUUGUCCCUGAAGAAGUUCCUGAAGCAAGAUACAUACGAUGUACACCUCUCGCUGUCUGACCACGGCAACAAUGAGCAGCUAACAGUGAUCAAAGCCACCGUGUGCGACUGCCGGGGCCACAUGGAGUCCUGCCCCGACCGCUGGAAGGGCGGCUUCAUCCUCCCCAUCCUGGGGGCUGUCCUGGCUCUGCUGCUCCUCCUCCUGGUGCUUCUUUUGCUGGUGAGAAGGAAGCGCAAGGUCAAAGAGCCUCUUCUGCUCCCAGAAGAUGACACCCGUGACAAUGUCUUCUACUAUGGUGAAGAGGGAGGUGGCGAAGAGGACCAGGACUACGACAUUACCCAGCUCCAUCGGGGUCUAGAGGCCAGGCCUGAGGUUGUUCUCCGCAAUGAUGUGGCACCAACCUUCAUACCCACACCCAUGUACCGUCCUCGGCCAGCCAACCCGGAUGAAAUCGGCAACUUUAUCAUCGAGAACCUGAAGGCAGCCAACACAGACCCCACAGCCCCACCCUAUGACUCGCUGCUGGUGUUUGACUACGAGGGCAGCGGCUCCGAUGCCGCGUCCCUGAGCUCCCUCACAUCCUCGGACCAGGACCAGGACCAGGACUAUGAUUACCUGAACGAGUGGGGCAAUCGCUUCAAGAAGCUGGCGGACAUGUAUGGUGGCGGGGAGGACGACUAGGCCAGCAGUGCCAGGAACUAAACAUCAGGCUACAACAGCAUCUCUAAGGGGGCUCAGUCCCCUCCCAGCCAGGGACUUCGGAGCUUGCAAGGAAGUGGCCUGAGCAGCUGAGAGGGUGGGGGCUGCACAUCCGACCUGAGCGAGUUGGGUUCUGAGCCUGUCAGAAGCGAAGGGCUCGGGCACUGUGAGCUUGCCGGACACUGACCACCGCUCAGCCUGUGUCCCGCCUGCCCUGGACCUCCAUUUCCCGAAGUCUCCCUCCUGCCAUGAGGUGCUCAGCCCACAUCCUGGGCCUGGACAGCUCUGAUGUCCCUUGAAGACUUUACCUCCAAAAUGGAUCUUCUCUUUAGAAAGAGGCCUCUUGCUCCAACCUGUUUCUGUUUUUUAAAAUGUUAUUUUCAGAAAGUUAGAGGCAGGUCCUCCACGCCCCCUCAGGGAGCACAGCCUGCAGGCUCACUGACCCUCCUGUGACUCAGCUCUCCAGGUCCCAAGCCUCCCACUAGGGUGAAUCAGUGCAUUUUUAUACCAAGUGUGUCUAGGUUGUCCUGUGUUUUUUAUUUCCUCUGUUGUGUGCUGUAGAUGAAGGGUGAUGACAAUCGUAUAAAUGGACUAGGACAUUUUUUAUUAAAGGAACUUUUCCCAGAGGU